AUGUUUCCAAAACCUAAAACCCAAAUUCCAGUACCUUAUCGGUUUCGGGUUAUCCGGGUCGGACCUGGUCUCAAUGUAAUUGCUAGAGAUUCAAAUACUGUUAACAGAGGUUUAGAUACUCAGUUGAGACCUACCAUUGAUCUUCUUAGGACAACUUUAGGUAGUAAAGAAAUUGUAGCUAAAGCUUUAAAGAGAACUCCUUGGUUGCUUACUUUUGGUGCUCAUCGUGAUAUGGAGUCUAAUGUAUUGCUGUUGAAAAACUGUGGUGUUCCUGAUUUGAGAAUAAGAAAACUCGUGCUUGAAAAUCCUAGAUUGUUACAAAAGCAAAAGAAGUCUACGUUGGAUGGAAAGUUUGGAAUUUUCAAGAGUUUUGGAUGGUCCGAUGAUGAUAUAUACUCAAGAUUCUGGAAAAAAGGGAUGCAAGUCUUGAAAAUGUUGGAUGAAAAGAUGCUUGAGAGGAGAAUGUGGAGUCUUUAUACUGUUCUGAAGCUAACAGAGACAAAGUUCAUGGAGUAUUUUGUGCUGCCCUACAGGCUACAGGAAUCAGAUACCUGA